AUGGACUUAUCAACAACAGAAUUUGGAGCUGCCAUGAAAAAAGAAUGUUUUCAUUUUGAGGAUGUAUUCACUUUUAUAAAUCAUGGUUCCUAUGGUGCGGUUCCUUUGCAAAUACGUGAAAAACAAAAACAAUUAUUGGACGAGUUAAAUGACAACCCGGACUUAUUCUUCAGACAAAAGGAGUUUGAGCUCUACAUCAGGGCUAGAGAUGCAGCGGCAAAAUUUGUAGGAGCGGAUCCAGAAAAUUUAGUUUUUGUACAAAAUACUACAACAGGUGUCAACAGUGUACUGAAGUCAUUGUCAUGGCAGAGAGGUGAUGAAAUCUUAGCGACUGUAUCCACCUAUAAGGCUGUAGCCAACGCCUGUCGACAAGCGGCGGAAGUUUUGGCGGGAGGAGAAAUUCGUCAAUUUGAUAUCAGGUUCCCAAUCAAAGAUGAACAAGAAGUGGUGGAAAGUAUGACAAAUCAUCUUGACAAAUACCCAAAGAUUCGAUUGGCCGUUAUAGACCACAUCUCCAGCACUACAGCACUUGUAUUCCCUUUGAAGAAAAUGAUAGCAGAAUGUAGAAAAAGAGGCGUACUAGUUUUAAUUGACGGUGCGCACGCCCCGGGGCAUGUAGAAAUCAAUCUAGAAGAAUUACAGGCCGAUUUCUACACAGGAAGCUUCCACAAAUGGUUGUAUGCACCCCGCGGCUGUGCAAUACUUUGGAUCUCAAAACAACACCAGGAUUGGUGUACUCCUCUUGUGACGUCAAACAAUUAUAAAAAGGGCGUUCAGCUGGAAUACUUCAUACAAGGAUUACGUGACAAUAUACCAUAUUUGAUAGUACCAGAUUUACUGAAAUUUUACAGAGAUAUCGGAGGAAUGGAAAGAAUUCAUAAAUACACUGGACCUCUCCUGGAGAAGGCGUGUUCCAUGGUCGCGGAGCGACUGGGGACUACGACACCAGAAAUACCGAAAUCAAUGACGGCUCCCAACAUGAGACUGGUCUUAUUGCCAGUAUAUAAAGGAUACACAGAGGGAACAAAUGAAGUGGCAGAUGAAUUGCUACUGCACAUAAUGACCAAUUACAGACUUCAUUGUGCAGUAUGCCAAGCACAAGGACAGCUGUACCUCAGACUCUCUGCCAACAUAUACAACGAACUCUCCGAUUAUGAAAAAGCUGCUCACAUUCUGUGUAAUUUACCCCGAGAUUAA